AUGCCUCAAAAGCCAGACAUAUUCCCAUUACAAACUGUGGAAGCUGUCAAUAAUUUUGAGAAUAUUAAUAACAUCUUGUACGAUCAAGUUGUGGAUUAUUUCCAGUUUUUAGGUGGUACAAAUCUAAUGGAAGCAGUAAAUUUUUGCAUAAAAAGAUCUAUAGCCGAUAAUGCAUUAAAAUAUUAUUCUGUUUGGGGAGAACAGAAUAACCAAGUUUUUUAUGAAAAAAAAUAUGUAAAGCCAUAUAUGAUGGUGUACAUAUUAACAGCAGUUUUGACCGUCCCACGGAACAACAGUUCCUCCAUGCCAUUGCCGAAGCAAUACGCUAUGCAAAACAGAGAAUACGCAAUAAUAUAAAUUAUCCACGACAAAAUGCGCACGGAGGUCGACGUAUUCGUCAAAGGCAAAACGCCAGAAAUAUUUUCGAAGAUGAAAACUUGGAUAAUGAAGACAACAUUGAUGAUCAUCUUGAUGAUCAUCCUGAUGAUCAAUGAAUGAACAUUGAAUUUGUUUAAUAUCAAUACUUUUAUAAUAUCUUAUCAAUAUUAUGUGCUGUCUGGGAUUCUCUC